AUGGCCAGCGUGGACCUCAAGGUGGUCCUCUUGGGGCAAAGCGACGUGGGCAAGACCUGCCUGGUGGACCGAUACCUCAAUGGCAAAUACCAAGACACCAUCUCCCCCACUGUGGGGGCUGCCUUUGGGGCGAAGAAGCUCUACGUAGGAGACCGUCCGCUGACGGUGGGCGUGUGGGAUACGGCCGGAGCCGAGCGCUUUGAAGCAAUGAGCCGGCUCUACUACCGGGCGGCCCGGGCGGCGUGCGUGUGCUACGACCUCACGCGAGCGGAGACGUGGCCCAAGGUCAAGUUUUGGAUCAACGAACUCCUCUCCUUCGAGAAAGAAUGCGCUCUGUAUAUAGUGGGCACGAAAGCCGAUCUCUUGGAGGAGGGGGUUCCGCGAGGAGUGGAGGCAUCUGAAGUGGCAGACUAUGCCCGCCAGAUCAACGCCCAAGUGUUCGACGCCCUCCUUAUCCCUUGCCCACAUGUGACGUUUGAGACGUCGUCGAAGAAGGGAUACUCAGUGGAGGACCUGUUUGAUACCAUCGUGUACGAUUUCGUGAAACGCGGAGCCGGGGGCGAAGUGCCACUGGGCGGCGGCGGCGGCGGCGAUGUCAUCACACCCUCCGAGGCACCUCCCGCCUGCUCGUGCUGA